CCCGGUCAGCAGCAGCAUCUGGUGCCGUGGCGGGGCGUUUCCGCAACGGGGGGGCCUGCCCCGGGCCGGGGGGCAGGCACCCGGCCGGAUGGCGGCACCUGCCGCGAAGAAAGACCUGUCGGUGUACGAGGUGUACCAGGCGCUGGGCCUCAACGCGAAGCAGCGCGAGCGCCUGAAGACCUUCCAGAGGCUGUCUCACCUGACGGGCAUCAGCGGCGAGAACAAUGCUUCGGAGCAACUCGCCAGCCUCGUCCUCUCCGAGAAGGCCGACAACAUCGUCUCCGCGCGCGAGAAGGUGGCGGGCCUCCUGCAGGUGGCGAAGCCUUUGCAGGCUGAGGCGCAGUACCUCCUAGACCACCCCGAGGAGGCGGAGAUGCACCGCGGCAACGAGGCCGAGCUGGCCGCGCUGCGGGACGAGCUGCUGCAGCUGUGCCGCGAGCUGGAGGCCAGGGCCGGAGAGCCGGAGCCGAUGAAGACUCCGCAGGCGGGCGGUGCGGAGCGUCUGCCCGCCGUCGCUGCCGCAGCCUCGCCGG